GAGUGGUUGGGUUUGGGUGGAGUUCGGUGGAGUAAAGUUGGACAUGUACUAUACAUUUUUUUCUCUCAAAUUAGCCAGGGAACGCUGCAAUGUCAUAGCAGCAAGACCAUAAGAAUUCUAAAAGAAACCUGAUUUUAUCAUAGAACACGGGCAUAGAUAAGGCGAUAAUGGGUGAUGUAAGUGAAGAAUCGUUGCUGGAUUAUUUCUACUCAGUCGGAGGGAAAGUAAAAAAUACAGAAUUAAUGAAAACAUACAAGCCUUUUAUUGGUCACAAGGACAUGCAGCUGCGUGCCAAAUACAGAGAGGAGUUCAAACAGAUAAUCGACAGGAUUGCUGUUGUGAAAUCAGAGAAUGGUGAGAAGUACCUAGUUCUGAAGAAGAGGUACCGGCAGCAGAAGCAGGACAGUGAGACAGAGCCUGGGACAGACAGACAGGCCAGCCCUGUGGCCAGCCCUGCCAGGCCGUCGGCCUCAGCCCAGUGGGAUGGGUCGGGGGUCUCGUCUCUCUCCAGCCCCCAGAUGGAACAAGAACUCCAGCCUGAACCGGCCAAGUGGGCAGAGGAGAGGAAGCCUUCCCAGGUGAUGUGGUGUGGAAGAGGCCCCAGCAUUACCGUCACAGAGGCACCCGAGCAGGAGCACAUGCAAGAGGACCAGCACACUGAGAGGACCCCCUCACCGUCCGUUUCGGAGGAACCCCUAGUGCACAGCAAUGGGGAGGAUGAGCUAGACAGAGACUCUGGGUCAAAGUCGGAGUCUGAAGAGCAGGAAGAGGAGUGUACGGGCAGUAUGGGCUCCACCCCAGUGGCUCUGGACCCUGUGGAGAAGGAAUGGAUCUACUCUGCUGCGUGUGGCCGACUCUCUGACCUUGCCCAGCUGCUACAACAGGAACCCUCCCUGGCCAACAAGAAGGACUUCACCUCGUUUACAGCUCUACACUGGGCAGCCAAACAUGGCAAAGACGACAUGGCUAACAUGAUGGCCAACGCAGGGGCGGAUGUCAACACUAAAUCUCAUGGGGGCUAUACACCCCUGCAUAUUGCAGCGCUGCAUGGCCAUCGACACAUUUUGGAGCUGCUUAUUGGAACAUAUGGUGCGAAGGAGAACCUCCGGGACUACAGUGGCCAUCUUGCCUGCCAGUACCUGAACAUCAGGGAGCCUACAGAGGAAGACAGAGCAGCUCCAGAGGAGAUACAAUUCCCUGAGUUCCAUGUGGCCCAGGCCAGAGACCGCAGCAGGAACAGGAAGUUGACCUCGUUGUUCCAGUCCAAGAAGAAGUGGGGCUCAGCGGAGGAGCUAGCCCCUGUGGAGGAGGAGAGGGUGGCACUAGCACCCCAUCAACUCAUGGUCCCCGCAUUCAGACCCAGGAAAUUCUCACGGUGAGGAAGGAGCUAACCAAAUGCCCCAACAUGCAAUGAUGACAUUACAGAAAUGACAUUACAAGUACAUGUUCAGUCAGUGUAUGUUUAUUUGAAUUUGAAUGUAUGCUUUUAUGGUAUGUAUGCUUGUAUGUAUGUAUAUAUGUAUGUAUGCUUUUAUGGCGUAGAGAGCUCUAACUAUUGAACUGUUUCGUUUUUUGUUGUUUAUUGUAUUGUAACAAUCUCCAAACAUUAUUUGAUGAUAAUUUAAUUCAAUUUAAAAAGUCACAUUUUAUUCUAGUGAGACAAUGUUACAAAAACAUUACAUAUGGCGCUAUUUUGCAUGCUGCAUUGAUUUUUGUCUUGCUCUUUCAAUUUAGUCUGUAUUUGAAUUUACUUGCCUUUUUCUCACACCGUGUUUAAUUAUGAAAGCGAACAAAUUUGACAAGCAGGUGGAAUGGAGACAUUAUUUCUCGUUCCGAGGGCCGAUGUGACAUUCCAGAUUUGAAGUGCCAUGUUUACAAAUUGAUGAUUGCACUAUUUCAUAGUUGUCAAUUGGUUAAUAAGGGAUGUUGUUUUGUAUAGGUUCACCCUCAGUAUUCACAUUGUAUUUCUAUUGAAGGACAAAACAAUAACAGAUUAUUGGCAUUGAAUAGUCAGUUCAUAAUGAAGUGCCUGUCUUAUUACAUUUUGAGAGUUCAUUGAUGUGCCAUGACUUUGCAUCAUGUGUUUUUUCACAAGUUGCCUGUAUUGCCUCAGUCUGAACCUGCCUUUGUUCAAGCUUGUUUUGUUUUGCACAUUAUUUAUAUUUUAGUAGAUAUUUUGAUAUUAAACUGCCAUGUUGGUCUACAAA